GAUAUUAUAUCAUCUAUAUGUCCUCUCUACUUCAAGUAUUUUAUCUUCCAUUAAUGACUGUGGGUAAGAUAUUAUAUCAUCUAUUUUGUCCUCUCUACUUCAAGUAUUUUAUCUUCCAUUAAUGACUGUGGGUAAGAUAUUAUAUCAUCUAUAUUGUCCUCUCUACUUCAAGUAUUUUAUCUUCACAUUUUCCUUCCAUCUUCCUCAUUAUUGGUAGAUGUCUUUAUUAACUUACUGACAACAUAGAAAAUAUUUUUUAUUAUAUUUUCCUACAUAUAUUUCAGUAGUGUUUUUAUUAUUAUCUUUAAGUUUACCUUCCUCAGAAGUGUUCUAUAGUUAACACGUAAACUGUCUACAUCCCUCAUAUUGAAACACCUUCAGUGUCAAUACAUUUUUCAAAUUAUUACAAUUAUUUUGUCAUCUGAAAGCAUAAAGAAUCUUAUCAUAAGGUAAUAAUGAUGCCAGAAAAAUCAAGUUAUACAGGCUAGAAGUUGGGCAAAAUAACAGGAAUUUCAUUAAUUUGUUGCUUCUUUUAGACCAGUUUCAGUGCUCAGAUAUUUUGAUAGUAUAUCUUCCUCACUAUAAAUUUAUUGCAAAAAUUUGUUCAUUUGACUGUUAAAAGUUAGCCUCUUAAGGACUCUGAAUUUGGAAUUUUGCCAAUUUUACAAAAUUUAAAACAAAUUUUGGUUUAAAAGCACUGCAGGGGUUUUUGCCUCUAAAGUACCUUUCCACUUUAUCAAUAAUAAUACCUCCAGGCUUCUCAUAUACAACACUUGACUUUCAUUAUAAUCCUUCAUUACACACAAAAAUUCAGUGCUUUAUUUUUCUUUUAUCAUAAUUGCCUAAAAUAAUAAUUUCUGUCAUUUUUAAGGUCUAUUUCUCCCAUUUUUUUCUUCCUGAUUCAAGUAAUUUUGUAGUUUUUCUAUUGGUGCUAUAGCCUAAAACAAACCAAAAAUGGCCUAAAAUUUUUAUUUUAAUUGAAACACAGAGAUAAAGUUUAGCUGUUACCAUAAUGCCCUGUGUGGCAGGAUUAUUUUUAUUCUGUGCACACUCUCCACACAAACACAUUUUCUUAUGUCUAGACAAAACUUGUUGCUCGGCAUAUUUGAGGCAUCUGUGAAUUAAAAAUGGUAGUAGUGAACACUGCUAUGAUGUAUAAUAUGCAGAUAUUAAAGGUGUGUGCUACUGUUAAUGUAUACAUUUUUGAUAUGUGCUGUUAUUUAUAUAUUUAUCAAUGAUGUGUCCAGCUGGUAUUGCAUACUAUCAUGUUAAUGUUGUAUGCUGUUUUAAUGUAUUAUCUCAUGGUGUGUGUGAUAGCUGAUGAAUCUACUCAUGUUGAUGUAGUUUACUCAUACAAAUUAAAAGAGAUAACAGUAUUACUGAGAAAGAAUAUUUUGAUUACUUUAUUAUUUACAGUUUAUAUAAAGUAAUAAAACACUUAUAAUAUAUUCAAUGAAUUAUUUAGACUUGUACCAAUACAUUGAUUAUUUUUCCAUUUAUUUAGAGUUUAUAUUAAGUUUUUGGAUAUUAAUUGUAAAAAAAAAAAGAUGUCAGGUUCAUAUUUACAAUAUAAGUUGGUAAAUAAUGUUUAAUUUAAGUACAGUGGACCCACGCAUAACGAUCACCUCCAAAUGCGACCAAUUAUGUAAGUGUAUUUAUGUAAGUGCGUUUGUACGUGUAUGUUUGGGGUUCUGAAAUGGACUAAUCUACUUCACAAUAUUCCUUAUGGGAACAAAUUCGGUCAGUACUGGCACCUGAACAUACUUCUGGAGUGAAAAAAUAUCAUUAACCAGGGGUCCACUGUAUAAUUAAAUAAUGUUCUUUAAAACAAAUUCUACACAUUAGGUAAUUUGAACAAUAAUCAAGAGACAUUAAUCAUGUAUAAGAAAACAAUAUGUAUAAAUGACCUUUUCUACAGUAUCAUUUUAGGAGAACUUUUAAAUAACAUGUAAUAUGCAAGAGUUUGAUAAGCAAAAUAUAUAACAGCUGUAUUCAUUAUUAAAGUGACUUGACAGGUAAGUAACAAAAUGCAGUGUAUGAAAGUUCCUUCAAGUAAUAACACUUAUCAGUGUUCAGAGUGUUUGAGAAACUUUUCAUAUAAAUCACAUCUAAUAAGACACAUGAGAGUUCAUUCAAAAGAAAAACCUUAUCAGUGUUCAGAGUGUUUGAAAAACUUUUCAUGUAAAUCACAUCUAAUAAGACACAUGAGAGUUCAUUCAAAAGAAAAACCAUAUCAGUGUUCAGAGUGUUUGAAAGACUUUUCAGAAAAACCAAAUUUAAUAAAACAUAUGAGUGUUCAUUCACAAGAAAAAUCAUAUCAGUGUUCAGAAUGUUUGAAAGACUUUUCACAAAAAUCACAUUUAAUAAAACAUAUGAGUGUUCAUUCACAAGAAAAACCAUAUCAGUGUUCAGAGUGUUUGAAAGACUUUUCAUGUAAGUCAUAUCUAAUAAGACACAUGAGAGUUCAUUCACAAGAAAAACCAUAUCAGUGUUCAGAGUGUUUGAAAGACUUUUCAUGUAAGUCAUAUCUAAUAAGACACAUGAGAGUUCAUUCACAAGAAAAACCAUAUCAGUGUUCAGAGUGUUUGAAAGACUUUUCACAAAAAUCACAUUUAAUAAAACAUAUGAGUGUUCAUUCACAAGAAAAACCAUAUCAGUGUUCAGAGUGUUUGAAAGACUUUUCAUGUAAAUCAUAUCUAAUAAGACACAUGAGAGUUCAUUCACAAGAAAAACCAUAUCAGUGUUCAGAAUGUUUGAAAAACUUUUCAAGUAAAUCACAUCUAAUAAGACACACGAGAGUUCAUUCGCAAGAAAAACCAUAUCAGUGUUCAGAGUGUUUGAAAAACUUUUCAUGUAAGUCAUAUCUAAUAAGACACAUGAGAGUUCAUUCACAAGAAAAACCAUAUCAGUGUUCAGAGUGUUUGAAAGACUUUUCACAAAAAACACAUUUAAUAAAACAUAUGAGAGUUCAUUCACAAGAAAAACCAUAUCAGUGUUCAGAGUGUUUGAAAGACUUUAAACAAAAAUCACAUUUAAUAGAACACAUGAGUGUUCAUUCACAAGAAAAACCAUAUCAGUGUUCAGAGUGUUUGAAAGACUUUUCACAAAAAUCACAUUUAAUAAAACAUAUGAGUGUUCAUUCACAAGAAAAACCAUAUCAGUGUUCAGAGUGUUUGAAAGACUUUUCAUGUAAAUCAUAUCUAAUAAGACACAUGAGAGUUCAUUCACAAGAAAAACCAUAUCAGUGUUCAGAAUGUUUGAAAAACUUUUCAAGUAAAUCACAUCUAAUAAGACACACGAGAGUUCAUUCGCAAGAAAAACCAUAUCAGUGUUCAGAGUGUUUGAAAAACUUUUCAUGUAAGUCAUAUCUAAUAAGACACAUGAGAGUUCAUUCACAAGAAAAACCAUAUCAGUGUUCAGAGUGUUUGAAAGACUUUUCACAAAAAACACAUUUAAUAAAACAUAUGAGAGUUCAUUCACAAGAAAAACCA